AUGGUGGAAAGUGCAGUUUUAGCUGGUAAUUCAGUUCAAUCAAAAAUUAGGAGUAAAAAAAGCCAAUCGAAAAGAGUUGUCCUUGUGAUAUGGAUGGCAUUAGUGAAUUAUUACGAAAGGAGUGUUGUUAAAAGAGCUAUGAAUGUUUGUCAAUGGACAAAAUGGGAGAAAUGGAAUAAUGGGAAUGAUCCUCAUAGGAUAGCAUUAUUUGCAGAUCCACAAAUCAUGGAUAAUUAUUCAUACCCUGGGAGACCAUGGAUAGUUAAUUAUUUCACACAAAAAGUUCUUGAUAAUUAUCAUAAAAGAAAUUGGAAUUAUGUUCAAAAUAAACUAGAUCCUGACUCUACAAUCUUUCUUGGUGAUUUAUUUGAUGGUGGUAGAAAUUGGGAUGAUGAAGAUUGGUAUGUUGAAUAUACAAGAUUCAAUUCAAUAUAUUCCAAAAAAGCAAACAGAAAAACCAUAAUGACAUUACCAGGGAAUCAUGAUAUUGGAUUUGGUGAAACUGUUAAUGUUACUUCAUUAGAAAGAUUUAAAACUUUUUUCGGUCCAACAUCAAGUGUUCAUGAAUUAGGAAACCACACAAUUGUACUAUUAGAUACAAUCUCUCUAUCAGAUUAUUCAAAUGAAGCAGUCACAAAAGAUCCAAGACAAGUUCUUGAGUCGUUGGCAGAUUAUAAAACUGAUGAAAACCCAAGAAUAUUACUCACACAUGUCCCACUUUAUAGAUUCCCAGAUUCACAAAAAUGUGGUCCAUUAAGAGAAUCCACUAAAAAAUUCCCAAUAAUGAAAGGCUUACAAUAUCAAACAGUGAUUGAUCAUGAAUUAUCACAGGAUAUUUUGUCCAAAGUUAGACCAAAAUUAGUCUUUAGUGGUGAUGAUCAUGAUUAUUGUCAUAUUACACACCCAUACAAGUAUCAAGGACAAGAUAAAACAGCCGAGGAGAUCACAGUCAAAUCAUGUUCAAUGAAUAUGGGUAUUAAGUAUCCUGCAAUCCAGCUUUUAUCAUUAAAUAACCCUACAUCAUCACAACAACAAGAUGAAGACGAAACAUACAAAACAAACAUAUGCUACAUGCCACAACCAUUCAGAGCCAUAAAAGCAUAUAUAUCAUGGGCAAUCAUAAACACUAUCUUAUUUUUGGUUGUGUUUUUAGCGCCUUAUCAUUGGGCAAUCAUUACAAAUAAAAUCAAUGCUAUUGUUUCAUCACAGUCGAAUAAAUAUUCAUUGCCAAUUGCUGAAGUCACACAAACUUCAUAUACACCUACAUUAACUCAAGAAAGAGAUGUCUUAGGGUUUUUCAUAAAUGGUGGGAUUGUUAUUGUUUCAGUUUUGAUGAUUUUUGCAAUUUAUUUUAAUGCCUUUUAA